AUGACCGGCUCCGCUGAUGACGCCUCCGUUCCGACGGAGACGUCGCCGCUUCUGCGCAAUGCCGACUCGGAGGUUGCCAAUAGUAACGGCACCGUCGAGAAUGGCCCGGCAAACGGCGCCUCGGCCGUGGCCGACGACGCCAAUAAUAACCGGGACGGUAACCCGGAGAUGGCCAAGAAGAUGCACAUCCUCCUUCCGGCCGUCGGCAUCGGCAUCUACCUCUGCGCCGUCGACCAGCUGCUCACCGUCGCGACCUACGCCAAGAUCGGCAGCGAGCUGCACGCUCUGAAGAACACGAGCUGGCUCGCAACCGCCUACUACAUCACCCUGACCAGCUUCCAGCCCCUCUACGGCAAGCUCAGCGACAUCUUUGGCCGCAAGGAGUGCCUCCUGUUCGCCUACGUCGUCUUCGCCCUCGGCUCUCUGGGCUGCGGCCUCGCCCAGUCCUUCGCCCAGCUCUGCGUCGCCCGCGCCGUCGCCGGCAUCGGCGGCGGCGGCAUGAACAGCGUCGUCGCCAUCCUCCUCAGCGACAUUGUGCCGCUGCGCGACCGCGGCGUCUGGCAGGGCUACCUCAACAUCAUCUUCGCCGCCGGCACCUCCACCGGCGCGCCCCUCGGCGGCCUGCUCGCCGACUCGGUCGGCUGGCGCUGGUCCUUUGCGGGCCAGGUCCCGCUGUGCGUCCUCGCGUUCCUCGCCGUGUAUUUUGUGCUCGACCUCCCGCCGACGGACCACGCGCACUGGCGCGAGAAGUUCCGCCGCAUCGACUUCCUGGGCGCUGCGACCCUCGUCGCGGCCGUGGUCGCGCUGCUCGUCGGCCUCGACUCGGGCUCCAACAACGGGUGGUCGAACCCCGUCACAAUCGCCGGACUGGCCUCGACGCCGGCCCUCUUUGCCAUCUUCGUCUUCGUCGAGAUGCGCGUCGCGUCGCACCCGUUCGCGCCGGGCCACAUCAUCUUUGACCGGUCGCUGUUCGCGUGCUACCUGGCCAACUUCUUCGGCAUCGCCGGCCACAUCGCCUCCAUCUUCUUCCUCCCGCUCUUCUUCCAGGCCGUGCAGGGCGCGUCGGCGACGCAGGCCGGCGCGGCGUUGGUGCCGGCCAUGAUCGCCUCCGUCACUGCGAGCGUGAGCGCGGGCGUCUUCAUGAAGCGCCGCGGCAAGUACUACACCCUCACGGUGCUGGCGUACGGGCUGAUGGUUGCCGCCGUCGCGCCGACGGUCGUGUUCCUCCACCUUCGCUCCACGGUGGGCGUUGUGGGCAGCAUGGCGCUGCUCGCGCUCGGCGGCGGCGCGGGCAUCACGACGACGCUGGUGGCACUGCUGUCCAACGCCGCGGUGCAAGACACGGCUGUUGUCGUGGCGUGCUCGUACCUGUUCCGAUCGCUGGGGUCGAGCAUCGGCAUCAGCGUGUGCUCGGCGGUGCUGCAGCAGGUGCUGCGGACGCAGCUCGCCGCGCGGCUGAGCGACGGCGACGAGGCGCGCCGCGUCGAGGAGCGGGUGCGCGAGAGCCUCGACUACAUCCGCGAGCUGCCGCCCGCCGUGGCCGGCGAGGUGCGCGCGAGCUACCAGGUUGCGACGCUGGGCGCCAUGGUCCCGAUGGCGCUGCUGCUGGUGCUUGCUUUCGGGUCGACCUUUUUCAUUCGGGAGAAAGCCUUGGGGAAGUAA